AUGCUAUCCUUUUGGCCCGGCAGCGCUUCCGGUACCAAGUCUGCUGAGAAGGAUCAGCCAGAGACCACGUUUGACCCGGAUUUUCUUGUCAAAUGGGACCGUGAUGAUCCCCUUAAUCCUCAAAAUUGGCCUGUCUCUUACAAAUGGUGGAUCACCUUCCAAUUGGGAAUGCUCGCCCUCGCGGGCAGCCUCGGCUCAAGCAUCAUGACGCCGGCGGACAACAUAAUAGCAAAAUAUGUUGGUGUGAGCAGCGAGGUGGCGGUUCUUGAUGUAACAAUGUACCUGCUUGGCUUCGUUUCCGGCCCUCUGAUCUGGGCACCCGUGUCCGAAAUUUGGGGACGCCGAGUGAGUAUUCUUCCAGCAGUAUUUUGCCAGGCUGUAUUCGCAAUAGCCACUGCCAGAAGUACCAACGCGGCUGCAUUCUAUUGUACGCGAUUUUUUGCCGGCUUCUUUGGCUCUGCCCCUAUCAGCAACGUGACGGCCGCACUGGGGGAUAUCUGGAGUCGAGAGACCAGGGGCAUAGCAGUCAGUAUGUACGCCGUCGCAGUCAAUGGCGGUCCUGCUCUGGGUCCCAUUAUCGGAGCGGCUAUCGUAUUGAACCCUCACCUUGACUGGCGGUGGACAGGCUAUAUCUUGGCCAUCUGGAUUUUUGUCACCUUCACCAUGGCAUUCUUCUUCCUUCCCGAGGUAUACCCACUGGUUCUCCUCCACAGAAAAGCAAAAAAAAUUAGAAAGGAGACCAAUGAUCCGAGAUAUUAUCAUCCGCAUGAACACAUUCAGCUUGAUAUUCACUCCAUUGUUACCAAACAGCUCUCCCGACCUAUCAAAAUGCUCUUCGCAGAGCCUAUUGUCACCUGUAUCGCCGUGUACGCCUCGUUUGUUUACGGCGUGAUGUACCUCACGCUGGAAGUAUUCCCCAUCGUGUUUCAAGAAAUUCGUGGCUGGAACCCUCUCAUAGGGUCUCUGCCUUUUCUCGCCCUCUUGAUCGGCGUCAUUUCCUCGGUGGGCCUCAAUAUCUGGAACCAGUACCGCUACAAUCGAAUCGCGAAGGCGGCCAACGGGAAAGCCGUUCCCGAAGCAAGGCUGCCCCCGAUGGCCUUCGGUGCGGUCUUCUUUGUUGUCGGCGCCUUUUGGUUUGCUUGGACGGCGAAACCUCCACACCAUUGGAUUCUACCCUGUCUGGCUGCAUUGUUUAUUGGCGUUGGUUUCAAUUGCAUCUUUCAGCAAUGUUUGAACUUUCUGGUCGAUGUUUACGGGCUCUAUGCCGCCAGUUCUACCGCGGCAGUCACCUUUCUUCGAAGCAUUAUGGCAGCAGGACUGCCGUUGGCUGCGAAACCUAUGAUCAAUGCACUAGGCGUUGGCCCCGGUGUAUCAAUCAUCGGCGCAGUGGCUGCAGUGUUGUUGCCAAUUCCGUUUUUGUUCAUGAAGUAUGGUCCGCGACUGCGAAGUUUAUCUAAACUUGUCCCGGAAAGCCACUAG